CCACCUCAGGGAAAGUGAAACCAAAAGGGCGGGGAAAAGGCGGGCAGGGGCUCCCCGCCGCGCGGCGCGGCUCGGCUCGGCUCGGCUCGCUCCUCCCCUCAGCGCCGAGGCGGAGCGGGGCGGCGGCGGCGGGCGGGCUCAGCGCGGCCCCAGCGCGGCCCCAUGGCCCUGGCGCCGGGUCAGCGAGCAGGGUAGCCGGCUGCGGCUGUGGGUGAGUCAGAGCUGUCCAGGGAGGGCGGGCUGGACAUGAGCCUCGCCGCCGAGCUCCGACCAGCGGCCGGAGACUAAGCCACACAGAAGUUUCUGCGGCGCGGCGCUCCCCAUGCACGCCCCCGGCCGCCGGCCCUGGGGCGCUGCCCGGCAGGCGCCUGGCGCCGACGCCGCUAUGGAGCCCCGCGCGGGGCUGCACAGCAGCCCGGACCUGAGCCGGGCCAAGCGGCUGAGCGUGGGGGAGCUCCGCUCCCUCUUCGAGGCGCGCUGCGCAGCCGUCGCCGCCGCCGCCGCCCGGCAGCUGCCCGACCCGGCCAAGAGGGGCUGCCGGCCCCCCAACGGGGUGCUGCCGCCCGUCAUCCCCCGGCUCACCGUCACCGCCGAGGAGAGCGAGGAGGCGCAGGCCGGCCCGCAGGCGCAGCCGCCGCGCUCGGAGAGCGGCUGGCUGAGGACGGACAGCUCGCUACACCUGCAGUCCCGCAGGCUCUCUACUUCCUCGCUCUCCUCCACCGGCUCCUCGUCCCUCCUGGAGGACUCGGAGGACGACGUGCUGAGCGACACGGAGUGCAGGAGCCAGGGCAUCGUGCACCUGGAGCACGGCGAGGACACCAACCAGAAAAAGGCAUGGCAUACAAUUAAAACCAUGGUUAACUUACCAGUCAUCAGCCCGUUCAAGAAACGCUACUCAUGGGUGCAGCUGGCUGGGCAUACAGGGAGUUUCAAGGCAGCUGAUAGCGGGAAGAUUCUCAAACGCUUCUCAGAAAAUGAAAAGGAGUGUUUUGAGCGAUUGAUGAAGGACCCACUACGCUCCUGUGUCCCCUGCUUCCAUGGUGUGGUGGAGAGAGAUGGCGAGAGCUACAUUCAGCUGGAUGACUUGCUUACUGAUUUUGAAGGGCCUUGUGUGAUGGACUGCAAGAUGGGAAUCAGGACAUACCUGGAGGAAGAGUUGACAAAGGCCCGUGAGAAGCCAAAGCUGCGUAAGGACAUGUACAAGAAGAUGAUUGAAGUGGAUCCUCUUGCUCCCACACCUGAAGAGAAUGCCCAGCAUGCUGUCACCAAACCCCGAUACAUGCAGUGGAGGGAAACCAUCAGCUCUAGUGCUAACCUGGGCUUCAGGAUUGAAGGGAUUAAGAAGGCAGAUGGAACAUGUAACACAAACUUCAAAACUACAAAGACUCAGGAGCAAGUUCUACAGGUUUUUGUGGAAUUCAUUGAAGGCAACACAACUAUUCUGAAAAAAUACCUCAAGCGUCUGCAGGAAAUUCAUCUCAUUCUUGAAUCCUCAGACUUCUUCAAGCGACACGAGGUCGUUGGAAGUUCACUACUUUUUGUACAUGAUGGCAGUGGGAAUGCUAAUGUGUGGCUGAUUGAUUUUGGAAAGACCACCCUUCUCCCUGAUGGGCAGACACUGGAUCACAGGAUCCCCUGGCAAGAAGGGAACAGGGAGGAUGGGUACUUGUUGGGGUUGGACAAUUUGAUUGGCAUCUUGGAAAGCAUUACUGAAAGAUGAGCUGAGAAUGGCACAAAACUUGCAGGGCUGCUCUGUAACUUUCUGCUCUACUGGGAUCAUGCAGUUAGAAGGAAACCUUUAAUUCCCUCCAAACUCCUGAGGACAUCUGUGCAGAGGGAGCUGCAUCCAGAACCUAGCAGGUAGUGAUCCAAAUGACUUUGCAUCGACCCUCUAUGAAUCUAAAUAACUCCAGCUUGGUCCGUGUUGCACCAGCCUAACUUCAGACUGGUCCUCAGCGUGUGAAGAUCUCCACACUCAGGAAUCACACCAGCAUGAGUCAAGAGGUCUGUAUGGUAAACCAGAAUGAGUCUGAUUUCUGGCAAACAGAUGGGACUCCAGAUGGGACUUCUCCUCCUAGUGAACCAGAGCAAGUGCUUGGGGAUUCAGGGUAGGGAUAACAGUUUUUCAGGGAACUGCACUGUUUUCAAACCAGCAGGAGUGUUUCCCCUCCCUGCUGCCCCACCCUCCCCUUAAUUCCGAGUCAUCUUGCUCCUGAUUACGCUAGAGGUUGGACCAACAACUUCUGCUGCAUUGUGUUACAGCGUGCAUGAGGUGGAAAUGGGUGAUAAUCUCAAGAAACCUGGAGUAAAGGGAGACAGCAGUUUGGAGUGGCUGGAUGUGGUAACUGCUGUUGACCGUUCCUCCUCUUCCCUGCCCGAGCCUCAAUUCGCUUUUGUCCAAGAACAGCCUUUGCUUUUUAUGUAGCCUCUCAGGAGAUGACAAAUACUCUAGGGAGAGAAUAGCAGCCUGUUGUCUCCAAAAAUAUUUGACUUUCAGACUUGGUGGGCUGUUGGAAAAGUGCCUAGCUUGGCAAGUUUGGCCUCUUGCAGCUGAAUUGCAGUUCUGAAAACCAGCAAUGGCUCUUUCACACACAGACCAAGGAACUAAGGGGUUUUUUCAAGGCUUGUUUAUUUUUAAAGAUAAAACCCACACACACAUGCACACACAUGCACUAGUAGCCAGCAACCAAUAUGAUCUCUUUAGGUCAUGGUUUGACUGUCUUCUAAUGCAUGUGACUUCUUGGCCAUGUUCCCAUUCCUAAAUACGAUGCUGCCACUUAGUGUGCAAACUGGUGCAGCAAUCAGGAAGGUGAUGGUUCUGCAUUCACAGCAUUACACUAAUGAUGAGAGAAUUCCCAGGCAUCCUUCCUGUAAGGUACCAGCUGUUAACUCAGGGCAGUUUAGGGGAAGGAAUGUUAGUGUAUCGCAUUCCCUAGUCCCCAUCUGGAAUCAUGGGGCCAUCUGUGGUUCAUUCUUUUGCUGUGGCCCAGCCACAGAAAAUUCACAGUGGUUAAGUUAAAAUCAAGAAAGACUGAAGUGAUUUUUUGUAAUGGCUUCCCAUACCUUCUCUGUGGGUUGCCUCAUCACUUGAACAAUUCUUGAAAUACUAGCAGUAUAAAUACUAUCAGUAUUCACAUGUUCACUCACAUUCCAGCUUUUAAUAUUAAUAACGUGAUGAUGCAGUUUUCAAAAUGAGGACAAGACUUAUAUUACUAUUUUAUUGUUAAUUUCAUUUCAGCAUCUAAAGCUAGUAGUGCACACUGAUCAGAAGUUGCUGUCUUUUGCUGGUGUCCUGUGCUCAGGUGAGAUUCUAAGAACUUUAGGAUAUAUGAAGGUGACUCCAUGCUUUGGGAAACUAUUUCAAUAACAAUGCUGAGCAUGAGCAAAAAUGUAGAGUCCAGAUCUGGAACUAAAUCCGUCUAUAACAUUUCUAAUUAGAAUUGAAGAACCUAAAAUAUUUUCUAAAAGGAGUUACUUUAAAUCACACAGUACUGUACUAGGAGAUCAGACAGAUUUAAUUACUUUUUCAUCACCUCUAAACCAAACAGCAGUAUUAAAAAUUCAAGCUCUGUUCCCUAAAAGUUAGAUGACAUAGAGUGUAUAUUCUUUAGCAAGUUAUGACAAGUGGAAACAGCUUCAAACGACUUCUAUUUUAGGAUGAAAUUAUAAUUCUUUUUGCAGUUCACUGCAAAUUCAGACAGCUUCUGUAGCCUCCUGAAGUCCCUCUCAGUUUUAUUUUAAUGAUAGUAUCUUAAUGUAUUUUCCACUUAGAGGUUUCAGAGGGUUUACACUUUUUUUCAAGUGACAGCCUUCAAUAGAGAGAGCACAGAUAUUAUCAUUCCAGAUGCCUCCUAACAUUUCAACUGCUAUGAGAUGACAAAUUAAUCUGUAGUGAAUUUUGUACCAUUUAAAAAAAAGUCUUCCUUCUUUCCUGCAGCCAAGAGGUAAGCCAUCAGUUAAUUCAGUUAAUCAGUUAAUUAAGCAAUGCUUAAGGCUAACAGGAAGUAAAUAGGUCUCGCAGUGGAAGAUUUUAAUAGCAGUACUUUUUCUACGAGUCUGCAAUUGCAAACAGUCCUCCCCUUAAAAAAAUAGAAAAGUUAGAAAUGAGACUGUUAAGGUGAUAGAAGUCAUUAGUGGUUUGCUUAAUUAAUCUUCACCGUUAAAUUUCUUUCUUCUGUUACCGCAUAUGUAGAUCUUUUGCAUCAGUGUAACUUAUUUUCUGGAAGGGAGAUUUAGAAGGUAAAUGUUGAUGCUCAAAUGUCAGUUGAGGAUUAGAGACAGACUUUUAGAAUGAUUGUCCCAUUCUAAAGAAGCAACGUGUACAAGUAGCUUCAAAAAAAUCAACUGCUGCUGCCACCUGCAUGGUUUGCAGUAGGUCAUCUUGGGGGAGAUGAUGGAAAUGACCCAUUCCUCUGCAGUAGUUGAAAAGGUCGGGGGGGAAAAAUAAAAUUUCUGCUAUAGCAGAGCAUGGUCUGGAAACUCAUUCUAGAUGAUAAAUAGUUCCAAAAGGUUAGUUUUGAGAUGGCCCUUUGACUUGCUAAGGGAUUAGAAGGGAAGAAGCCACAAUCUCAUGCUGCUGUUACGGGAAAAGAGAAAAGGAGGCAGCUUUCAGCAAGUGUAGGACUGCAACUGAGCCCUGGAGUUCUAAGAGGUUGGAGUCCAUGAGCUCAUGAACGAGGGCAAGUUAGAUACCUUGAGGCAUGUCAGGUGGCCCAGAGUGCCUGUCUUUGUACACUUGCUUGCUAGUGUGAGGAAGCAGCACAGCCUUCAUUCACUAUGGAGUAAGUUGUCUUGAAUAAGCUCAUAUUUACCAGAGGGUCAACAUGACACCUUUGCAGAGGCACCUAACAUGGAAGAGCUGAGGCAUGGUUAUUGAGGUCAUUGUUCACGUACAAGUCCAGAAUGUAGUUCUUUAAUACCUCUGCUGAGAUACUGCCUUGCUGUGGAGACACUGAGGGCACAUGUGCUUCCAAGCAUGGGGAGAUGUGCUGACCCAGAGGCACUUUGGUGCUGCACAGCUAAUCUGGCUUAGGCGCCAAGGUCUUCAAACUCACUCGUUAGAUGCAGCAAUGCUUACUGGUGUAGCUGCUGCAUUCCAGUGGGAAUCUAGCAGUAGGACUUCUCUCCCUCAACUUUGUCAGUGAUUUGGUUUUUUUUAGGUCUUGAACAACUAUCAUAGGCCUCAGUUUUGUUUCCAUUUUCCAGAUGGGAAUAGUAUCUACUUACCUCACAGGAAUAAUGUGAGGCCAUGCUUCAUUAUUGCUUGCAAGAUGCUGUGAGAUUCUUUGGAGGAAGGUGCAAUACAGGAAGAAAUGCACAAAGAGAUACAUCAGCUAAGUUUAAAAAUGAUGUGUGUUUGGGCCACACAAGGGUAUAAAUUUGGAUAAAAUUUAACCAAAGUGGUAAAAAUUAAAUCCCUCUUAAUUUUACACAGGGGGCAGGAAUUCACUUAACAUCUGAUCACGUUACUACUAUGGGAAAAGAUUUGAGUGGAAGUCGGACCAAACCCUUAAGUAUCUCAGAGGGCUCUUGCUAUUUUUUUUUUUAUUGCUGUUAUAAUUUGUUAUUCUUAAGGUACUGAGAUCAAAUGGUCUGUAUCAUCCACAUGCAUCCGUUCUGAACACUACAGUGCAAUGCUGACCAUGGUCACUUUUGACAUUGACUGUAUUGGUUGAGUGCUUGUUACUCUGAAGUGUGUAUGCUACUAAAUAAAUGAGACUGAAGGAAAAAAGA